AUGUCUUCGUACUCCAGCGCCGACGAUUCCUACGAAUCGGACGAGCCGCCCGAGCUCGAGCUCGACCUAGCCAGGCUCAUGGACUGCGCCAGCAAGGCGCUCAAAGUCAAAUGCACUUCCGCCAAAAAGCUCACUCGCGGGGUCGGCCAUGAGAUUUUCGCACUUAAGUUCCGAGCAGAAGAUGCCACAGAUGCCACACCACCCUCCCUCGUCCACGCGGGCUUCUCGUGCAUUGCGCGCCUCAGCCGCCUCGGCAGCAACACGCGGGCCAAGUCCGCCAGCGACAUCGCGACGGCGCAGUACAUCAGGCGCUACUCGUCCAUCCCCGUGCCCGAGAUCUACUACCACGACCUGGACCCGGACAACGACGUCGGGGCCCCGCUCGUGCUGAUGGAGCGGAUGCCGGGACGGAACCUCAACAAGAUCUGGGACGGCCUGUCGCUCGACGGCAAGAAGAUGGUGCUUUCGCAGAUCGCCUCCGUCGUCGCGCAGCUGUCGUGCCUCGAGUUCGACCAGAUCGGGUCCCUCGCAGACGACGAGCAAGGCGCGGUCGCCGUCGGGCCCGUUAUAAGCCCCUGCUUUGACGAGCCCAAGGGCCCGUUCCGCUCGACGGGCCAGUGGAUGCGGUCUUUCCUCCCGGCUGUUGCUGCUCCCGGCUCGUCUUCGGCCGAAGCGCCGCCUGGAUCUCCAGAUCCAUGCCAAGAAGCCUGGGCCGCGCUCGAGCGUUUUCUCGCACAAGACGACCCGCCACUUCCCUACCUCCAGCCGCCGUUCUGCCUCAUCCACGACGACUUUGACGGCCAAAACAUGAUGUUUGUGAACCCAGCCGACGACGGCUCCUCGGGAGGGCCCAAGCUCACCGGCCUAAUCGACUUCGAGUACGCCUUCACAGGGCCGCGCUACUUCCUCUACGAUUACCCCAUCUUCAUCCAGGACGUCUCGUGGUCCCCGGAGCUGUACGCCGAUAACGCCACUUUGCGCGCCCAUUUCGUCCGGGCUAUUCACGAGCAACUGCCCAACGCCGAGGCUCGAUCUACCUUUAUCGCGUGCAUGAACAACAAGUGCUAUGCGCUUAACGGCUUCGCGGACGCGUUCAUGUCCAUGCCGCUCGACGACGGCCAGCCCCUCGGGGUCCUGGCGAAGUUCUACGCACAGGAUCUCAAGGACGGCACGGGACUGCCCUACUCGGGCCGCCUCGACUACAUCCCCGAGCGGUAUAGCGAGGCGGCGGAGGCCCUGCCUUCUUCCGACUACGACGAAGAUAACAACAACAGUAAUAACGACAACCUAGACACGCAAAAGAAAUGCGCUCUUGAUGGAGACCACCACGACCCACACUCUGGGCUGACGCCACAAGCCACCCAAGGGGUGGACAAGGAUGUGGCGCUGACGGGCGGCGGCGACGACGGCGAGGAGGGCGACUUGGGUCCCUGAAAGCUCCUGUCAUGAAAGAGGGCAUCACCAACGAGUAGGCUGGGGGCUCGGCACCGGUAGAGCAGUGGUCCGGAACGCCACGCAUAUACAAAGGCAGGGAGCCUC